UGCGUGAUAUUCGCGCACGAUAAUCGGCCGCCAAUUCGCGGAGGGACGACGCAAUGGAUCCCUGAGUAGUCGCGGGCGCAGCGUCUUUUUUUCCGCGACACCGCGUAUGCAACGGGGCUGAUCUCGCUCGCGGCGAGCGACGUCAGGAGGCAGCGGGAGAGACGGUGAGCGGGCUACGUCAGUUUCCGAGUGGCGGUAGUGGUGGUGGUGAUUAGCGAUUGGCGGCGUGGACUUGGACGAACCUGAACGGGCCUGAACCUCGCAACUCGUCGCGUCGGGAUCACCAGGUCUCGCGUCACCAGGACUCGUUCGGAGAUAUGCGUUCACCUGGAGGCGGCGGUCGGGAGGUCUCCAGGUCGGCGAAGAGGAGAUAGUGAAUUUUGGAGCGGAAUUUGGCGCGCUCUAGGUAGACCAGGAUGUCCAGCUCGUACAUCGUCGAGCCUCAGAGCGAGGAGAAGAAGGACGACACGUUGAUAAUCGUCGUGAACGACGAUGGGACCUUGUCCGUCGACCAGGCCACUCUACAGAACCUGAUAAUGACCCAAUCGACCGCUAAUGUUAGCGUGGUAAGACUCGGACAAACUGAGACAGAUAUGGAAAAUGGGGAUAUAACCUUGACCGUAGAUCCACCGCCAUUUACGCAUCCUACAGCGAGCUCGGUAAGCGCCAAUGCCAGCACCGACUCGGGUGGGUUGGUAGAUCCUUUUAUGGAGAUGGAUCCGGAACAGUUGGAAAGAUUAGAGACAGCUCUACAAAGCGAAGAGGCAAAGCAGAUACUCGGGGAGAAUGUCACUGCAAUGCUUGAUAUGUUGUCGGUAGAAGAGCAGCAGAACACCAUACGCUACAGUAUACAAUUGGAUCAUUGUUAUACGAGCAGAUUGUCACCCAAUGAUCCGAUACCAAGAGAUCCCUUACCGAUUGUCGACGACUCGCCUGAUUCUAAUGAUGUUCAAUAUAUACAUCAAUCGUUGUCUCCUCGAACAAGUGUAGCAUCUAAUGAGGCGGAAAAUGCUGGAGUUAAGAGCAAAAUUAUUGUAAAGAGUAUUAGUGCACCGUUGCAGAACAAAAUAAAUAGACCGAUACGUAAAGCCACUGUGUCCACACCUACAAAUGUAACUGGGCUUUCUAGAGUUAACACAACCAUUAUUGGAACUCCCAAGUUAUCAGGACAUCAUCUUGCGUCAAGAAAUAUAACAAAUGUCCAGCAUGGCGUAACUAAGGCACAAAGUAGGAAUAAUGAAGAGGAAGAGGGCGACGAGGCGACAGAAUCAUCCACAGAAUCCUCAGAAUCGGAACCACCGUCUGAUAAUGAUAACGAUUCGGACUUUGGCCCUCGCCAAACUAAAAGGGCUAAUACCAAGGCUCGAGGGGGACGAAAAGGUCUUACUACCAGGGGCGGCAGCAUGACAGCUGUUCGAAGAAGAGGUCAAAACAAACAGCUCGAUAUGGAGCAAGUGCGACGAUUAGACAUGGAAAUGGCUGCUGCCGUUAAUGCAAUGAAAACUCCGGAGAAAGACGAUAAAUCAGAGAGGUUUAGUCCAACCAAAAAUAAGAGACAAAUCAAAACCCUUGGUGGAAAGAAGAAAGAGGAAUCAUCAUACAUGGAAGUAUCCCCGCCUGAGGAAGCGCCAUACGAGAAACCUCUGCAAACGACAAAUCAAGUGAAGGCGAAUCUAAUCAACGCCAAUAUGAUCAAGGGCGAUAUGAUUUUAACGAAACCUGGUCAAGGAAGAAGUAAUCCAAAGGUUACGUUCGUUCAGAAACAUAUCCCGAUGAAACCGAACGAAUUCAAGAAUAUCGGGCUUAAGAAGCCCAUGAUGGUUCCUAAGGGAAAAUCCCCUGUGAAUCAAACGGGCGCAAAGUUCUUUGCAACCAAAGAUGGAAAACUGGUACCGAUAGCAUCCAAAACGAUGAGUCCGAACAUACAAGUUUCCCCAGUAAAAACAACAUUGACACAGCAACCUGCGUCACAGCAAUCUGCACAGGUCGUGAGUCAAGGACUGCCGGUGCAGCAGCAGGCAAAAAUUUCCCCAGCAGCCAGCAGUACUCCUUUAAGAAUCAAACUAGGCGAUAUAAAAAGAGAAAAGCGAAAAUCCGAUACUAACGUGGACUUAUUCUCGAAGGGGGAAGAAAAUUCUGCAAAGUUUAUAGAGAACAAGGCAUUGGAUGGCGCGAAAAAAAUUAAAAAGGAUACUCGGAAAGUUCCAGGAUUUGUAGCCGAUAGUCUGGGUCCAGCACUUUUUUCAACACCAGAUAUAAUUCGACGCGUUGGUUCGAAUAGCGAUGGAAAAAGUGCGGAUAACACUGCAACACCUACAACUCCGACAACACCUUCUGCGACAGUGGUGUCUACACCCGGAUCAGCGACAAUUCCCAUGUCGCCAGUCCCUUCAUUAGAUAUUGGCAUUUGUGCUGGUUCAAAUGCAGCACAAAACGUUGCUUCCAAUUUUAAUAAAAAGACAGUGUCCAAUAUUUUAGAUCAAUCUGCUGAAACAGAGUCGCAAUUGAAUCUCAAUGAGAGUAGCAGUGUAAUGCCAGGAGAUGAAAACGAACAAAAAUCGGAAAUUAAGACACCCCUUGAAGAAUUGCAACCAUCACUGGAUCCAGCGCCAAAUACUGCUUCAUCAGAGGGAAUUAUUCAACCUGCGGUACCUAGUGUCUCAAAUCAUGUUUCUAAAAAUAGUGGGAUUGAAGGGGAAGAACAAUUAUUUGCUACUUUAGAAAUGGAAGCUAACAAGCCUGAAGAAGACCUUCUAGCUGAAGCAUUAUUGUUACAAGAGGAAUUGACAGAUGAUUUAACUGAACAUAGCACGCUGGUCGAUGCCACACCAUCUGUAUCGGAAUCAUUGGCAUCAAACAACAUGCUUAUACCUCCAUUAAUAACAUCCGAACAAGAAUUAACUAAACCAGUGGAAACAGCAACAACGACACAGAAUCAAACAACAAAUAUUUUGAAAGAACCGAGUAAAAAAUCAAAGGAUGAUAAAGAGCCGAUUCAGAUCAUUCGGGGUGGCCGUGUGAUUACAUUGCCACCCAUCGAAGCGCCUGCAACUAGAAGCAAACGAUUGCAAGCCAAAACUGAAAUAUCGCAGAAAACCCCUGAACCGAUCAAGAAAAUAGAAAAAUUCAUUCCGCAAGUCCAACAACUAUUACAAAAUAAAGAAGAAUUAAAAACGAAUGAAGAAGAAGAUGAUGAUGAUGAGGAAGAUGAAGAGGACAAUUCAGAUUCAGAAGAUGAUCCAGAUCGAUUGUGGUGUAUCUGCAAACGACCGCAUAACAAUCGAUUUAUGAUAUGUUGCGAUGUCUGCGAAGACUGGUUCCAUGGAAAAUGUGUACAUGUUAGUAAGGCCAUGGGCCAACAAAUGGAGGAGAAAGGCAUAGAGUGGGUUUGUCCGAAUUGUUUAAAGAAGAAAGCUGAAGAGGAAAAGGCAAAGUCGAAUCCACAAUCUGGAAAACAAAGAACAAAGAUUGAACUAGUGAAUGAGAAUUCAACAUCGCAGAAAGUAUUAUCAAAAGAAAUACCUUUAUCGAAUCUUUCUGUUGACUGCGGUAUUACUCCAGUUUCUGGCACGAUGCAGUGUGUUGUAUGUAAGAAGGAAGCCAGAAAUUCUAGCAUUUAUUGCUCAGAUGCAUGUAUUCUGGCACAUGCUCAGGAAACUUUGACCAAGGAUAAACCUGUACCAACAGGAUCAAAAAUCACAAAGUCGCCUGUAACAGAAACUAAGGCAAAACCAGAGGCUAGAGUGGUAGUUCUCGAUAGAAAAAGUGGCAAACUUCUUACUGGUGCAGAUGCUCCUACAAGAUCUAAUUUGCGAACAUGGUUAAAAGAGAAUCCAACUUUUGAAGUGAUAGGAGCUAACAAUAUCAAUACGCUUCAGAUAGGUGGCAAGCUUGUCACGCAGAUCCAAACAUCUGGAAAAACUACAAAAAUAACGCAACCGAUUAAAGUGCAAACCAUGCCAAAGAUGAUCUACACGAAGGUAGUUGGCUCGAAACAAACUGUUUUAGCACCCAAUAAGAAAAUUACAAUAAUUCCUGCUACGCAACAGCAAGCGAAUGUGUCGCCGAGUAAUAGACCAACGCAGAUGAAACAAACAAUAAUCUCCACGACGCCGGGAAAGAGCCCUAUAAUAUUGAAAACGACGAUGCCGAAAAGUGUCGUGUCGGCACAAGUGAAAGCUCAAGCAGCAGCAGGCUCGCCGAAGCCGACGCCGAUUAAGAAGCAAGAAAUCAAACCAUCGCCGUCGCAAUCGAAGCUACAAAUUAAGCCAACGCCGGUGAGAAAACCGGAGGCGGAGCCCAUACGACUGAACAUACGGAAAACCCUGACGGAAUUAUUAUCCAGCCGUAUAAAGGAAACCGAGGAUUUGAAACUGACCGACGAGGAGAUUGCCGACUUGGCCUUCAACAUAGAGCUCGAAAUGUACAAGUAUUUCAAGGACACAGGUUCCAAGUACAAGGCAAAGUACAGGAGUCUCGUGUUCAACAUAAAGGACACCAAGAAUCUGACAUUGUUUCGAAAGAUCGCGGAUCGCUCCUUGACGCCAGACGCGGUGGUACGAUUGAGUCCCGACGAGAUGGCCAGCCAGGAAUUGGCCGAGUGGCGGGAGAAGGAGACCAAGCAUCAGCUGGAAAUGAUAAAGAAGAAUGAAUUGGAUCUGAUGGCUCAGGCCAAGUCGAUCGUCGUGAAGACUCACAAGGGCGAGCAAAUAAUCGAGAACGACGGCGGAAUCGACCACGUCGAUCCUAAGACACCGGUGCAGGAUAUCGUUACCGCGUUGAACAGCGGCGAUAGCAUAAGUUCCACGGUCGACGAUCUGGAGAAGGAUAAAGACAAGGAGGAUAGGCUGAGGUCGCGAAUGGACGCGAAGAAAUCCAAGGGCAUGGACGAACGCAGGAGGAAGGACAAGGAGAGGGGCAGGGAACGCGAUGGCGUGAAGUCCAAGAGCAAGGAUCGACGAGAGCGAAGCCACAGCCGGCACCGGCGUAGCCGCGAUCGAGAUCGCAGCAAAACGCGAGACAAGAGCAAAGAGCGAAAGUCCAGGAAUAAGGAGAGCAGACGCGACAAGGAUAGGGAGCGCGAGAAGGAUAAGGAUCGCGAUCGGAAUAAAGAUCGGGAUAAGACGAGCAGGAAGGAGAGCAGGGAGAGAGGCCGGCAGAAGGAAAAGGACAGGCACAAGAGCAGCGACAGCUGGAUGAGGAACCGUAGCGAGAGCAGGGAGUCCAAGGACGUCGACAAGAAGGAGGAGGACCGUAAGAAGGAGACGGAGAAGAAGAAGGAGACCUCGCCGUCUGUAGAGAAGCCAAUCGAGGAUCGCCUCUGGCGACACAUCGAGGACGAGGCGACGACGAAUACGAUCGAUGGAAACGAUUCCGACAUAUCUGACAGAGAGCCCAGCUCUACCGUCACGAUCAAGACCCCCGACAUAAACGAGGAGCCCGAGAGAGACAAGGAACAAGAGACGGACAAGGAGUCGACGACGAAGGGCGGCUGGCGAACCGUUUGGCGCGGUUUCGUCAACAUGGUGGACGUUGCCAAGUUCUUUAUAACCGCGCAGGAGGUGAGCGGCAACGCCAAGGACCUCAUGGACGACUUGCCGGACACCGUCGACGUCGUCGGUAGGAUCAGCCACGACACCGUGUGGGAUUACAUCUCCAAGAUGAAGAGAACCGGCUCGAAGGAGAUUCUGGUGAUCAGAUUAACCGCCGCGAACGACGAGGAAAAGAUCCCAUACAUCACUCUGUACAGCUACCUGAAUAGCAGGAGCCGUCUGGGGGUCGUGGGCAACGUGUCCAAGAAUAUCAAAGACUUUUACAUAAUGCCCUUCUCCAGCCAGAGCACGAUACCACCAGUGCUCCUGCCGCUCACCGGGCCAGGCUUCGAGGAGCAUCGACCGCAUCUGCUUCUAGGCAUCAUAGUUCGCAACAAGAAGAAGCGACUGACGGCUGUACCGUCGGUCGCGCCUACGAAGACGUCGAAGAAGGAGUCCGACAGAAGUUACACGCCGCCCCUGGUGAGCGUCCCGAAGGAGAAGACCACGUCGCCGCCUCCGUCCUCGUCUCCCAUGCUGUACAAGACUGUUUCUUUGGACUCGACCAAGGAGAAACCUGCCACGGUGACGCAAAUGACCUUGGAGUCUCUCAACAAGGCGCACAUAGGUAUGUCGCGCGGGGUCAUAGACACGGCGACGAUAUGCAAGAUUGUGCCUGAGUUGUCGUCCAAGAUAGACCUCACUUCGUCGCCUGGCAAGGUCGCGUUGGACGACGACGGGGACGAGCCUUACAGUCCGGGUGAGAUGGACGACGACAUGAACAGCCUGCAGACCACGACUGACAGCGCCGCAGGUAUUCUGUCGUCCAGCAAGAACUCUACGGAGCUGCAGAGGAAGAUGGACGAGCUGAAUCGGCAGAUCGAGGAGCAGAAACAGCAGAUUGAGGAGCAAAAGCAACAGAUACAGAGUAUUAGCUCGUCGUUUCUCGACGAAACGACGCCGACUCUGCCGGGUUUGGGACUUGAUCCACCCAGCAACGACUGCGAGGAAGCUUACAGCCCGUCAGAUGCUCGCUCCUUUACGCCGCCUCCACCUGGAAUCACCAAGUUUGCGCAGCCCAUCCUCGACAAGGUCUCGGACAUCACGAUACCGCCGAAUUUGCAAGAGAUUCUGGCGAACGUUAAGCGACAGGAAUCUUCCAAAGUGGACCCUUACCUUCCGUCUAAGCCCAGCGCGUCGUUCCUACCUUCAGCCGGCACCUCCCUCUACGCCUCGAGCACCGAGAGGUACUCGCCAUCUUCUUCCAGGAUCAGUCAGUCGGAGAAGGCGCUGCCCGAGGCUCCGAAGGAGAGCAAGAGCACGUUGAGCACGCUGAGCGAUCUGGACCUGAUCCGGAAGGCUGAGGAGGAACUGGCCGCUGUUGCUGCCGCGACAGCAGCAGCGGCAGCGAUACCGAGCAUGUCCACGCCAACAUCACCGUCAUCCCUGCUUGCGUCUCCCGUCCCGAAUCUCGUCCUGGCAUCGUCGAUGAACGAGGCACCUUCGAUGUCGCAGGCUCUUGCGUCUCUUCCCUCGGAGCCCGUCGUGGAGGCUUCGUACAAGCCCACUCCCUCGGACUCCUUCAAGAAGACCUUCGCCCCCGAGCAGCCCAAGCCGCCUGGCCUCGAAGACGAGGACUUUCCCGCCUUCCCCUCGAUCCCACCUACGAUAGACGUCUCCAAAGCGGUCGCGUCUCGCUCGAAAGCCUCGCCCAAGACUGGCAUCGUGCUCAAUGUCAAGCGGAACUUAAGCGACGACGGUAGUUCACCGCCGCCCGCUAAAGUACCGAGGACUAAGUCACGCUGGGGCCAAGGACCUUCCGAGUAAACGGUCGAAUCGGACGGUGAAAACCUCCUAGAAAAAGACUUCUAGAAUAUGUAUCUCGUUAUGUGCGUUGCCCACUGAUACUUUGAACGCUCCAAGAGGCGACAAAUCAUGAAACCACCGAUUGUAACUUGUAACAUAAGUGUACAGAAAAAGUGUACGAAGCGGAAAUGUAGCGUUUCUUGUAUGCGAUGGAAGCUGGAGAGACGAGGUCAAGUAUGUUUGACGCAGUGAAUCAUCAGUAAUAGUAUUUACCUAAAACAUUCGUCGGAAUAAAUGGCAGAGACAUUAUACCCUCGACGAAGCAUCAGGUUUAGAUGUAGAUAGGACGUCCUCGUGAUGACGAGAUUUGUAAGAAAAAAAAAAAAAAAAGCGUUACCCUGAACGAAAUGUACCAUCUAUAUCAGAGCUUUAUGAA